AUGGCGUCGUAUAUGCUGCGCUCCUUGCUUCUCCUGGCCGCCGCUGGCGCGUACGCUGGGGCCUUGGGCCAGGAUCAAGCACAAGUUCCCCUCGGUGUGCCUGUCGAUGAUACAGAUGAUGUCAGUGGAGAAGGACAUACUGGUCUGCAUGGCCGCUUCUUACAUAUAACAGAUAUCCAUGCGGAUCUACUCUACAAAGCCCACGCGAAGAUAGACAGCGACUGUCACCGUGGCCAUGGCAAAGCAGGCUUCUACGGAGCCCCUGGAACCUCGUGCGACACCCCGCGAAGCCUCCUCGACACCACCUUCGACUGGAUUCGCGAAAACCUACGAGACAAGGUCGACUUCGUCGUCUGGACCGGCGACGCAGCUCGUCACGAUAAAGACCGACGCCGGCCACGCUCUGAGAAGGAGAUCGUUGACACGAAUCAGAUCUGCUUCGACAAAUUUGUGGACGCUUUCCGAAAACCAAAGGAUAAGCUUGGCAACCGUCUCAAGGUCCCCAUUAUACCGACCUUUGGAAAUAACGAUAUUAUGCCUCACAACAUCAUGGAAAAGGGACCAAACAGGUGGACGAGAAUCUUCGGGGAGAUGUGGGAUGCCGUCAUUCCAGAGGAACAGAGACAUUCGUUCGCAGAAGGAGGUUGGUUCUACGUCGAGGUCGUCCCCGGAAAGCUGGCGGUCGUCAGCUUGAAUACGAUGUACUUCUACAGAGCCAACAGUGCGGUGGACGGAUGCAAUUCAAAGUAUGAACCCGGGUACGAACAUAUGGAAUGGCUCAGGACGCAUCUGCAGCUACUUCGCAGCAGAGGCAUGAAGGCAAUUCUCAUCGGACACGUUCCACCCGCCAAGAACAAGAAAAAGAAGAACUGGUCCGGCUCGUGUUGGCAGAAAUAUGCCCUGUGGAUGAGACAGUACCGGGACGUGGUGGUGGGGAGUUUCUACGGACACAUGAAUAUCGACCAUUUCAUGAUUCAGGAUUUCGACGAUAUCAGAUAUAUAACGAAGGAUCUACCGGCAUGGAAGUCAGGGGAGGUGGAGGCGCCUAGGGAUAUCUCAUCGACGUCGGCGAGUGGCUAUCUGCGAAAGUUGAAGAAGCAAUGGUCGAAGCUCCCGAUGCCGCCGUGGGCGGACGAGGACGCCAUCGACAAGCUGGAGCACACCGCUGGGUACAAAAAGGACUUGAGGAAGUAUUACGCCGAAGUAGGCGGUCCAUGGGCUGAGCGAUAUGCUGUGUCGAUGGUAUCCCCGAGCGUGGUACCGAAUUACUUCCCAACUCUACGACUGGUGGAGUACAACGUCUCUGGCCUAGGAGAUGUAAAGAGAUGGCCAGAGCAAGUCACCUUAUAUCCCGCCCAAGACACCACACUCGAUGAACAUGAAGAUGAAGAUGACGAUGAAGAGGAAAUUCCAUACGACGACGCCAGCACGUCGCCGUUCGAUAUAUUCCGAAAACGCAAACAUAGAAAACAAAAGAAGAAAUACCCUAAAUUUACUGUCCCCAAGCCUCCAUCCCGAACAGCGCCGCCGGGACCGGCAUAUUCCAAUCAACCAUUCACCCUCCUCGCAUACCAACAAUACUUUGCAAACUUAACCGAACUUAACCAACCCUAUGACGACGAGGUCUCGGGCCGUACGGACGUCAAUGCCGGCAAAAUCAAGACACCGAAGAACUUCUAUGAAGUAGAGUACGAUACGCGAACAGAUCCGUAUUACCAGUUACCUGAUCUGACUGUACACAGCUACCUUGAGCUUGCUAGACGAAUAGCUAGCGAAGAGGAAGUCCCAGUCCACGAUGAUCAGCUUUCCGUUGAUGAAGACCCAUCAACUCUCGGGCGGAAGAUAUCCCUCUGGACCCUUUUCCUUCGAAGAGCGUUCGUGGGAUACUACAGUGACGAAGAGCUUUGA